GCUGUGGAGAACAGCAGUUGUGCACAGAACACUGUUGGGCUGCCGACUGCAGCUACUGAAAAGCUCCUCGCUGUAUGUUGAUGAUACUGACCUGAAGAUGAAGACAGAUGUUGGGAGGGGAAGAGGACCACACUGAAUAAAGCACAGGUAUCAUUUUCUGUAUCAAGCGUUCUGAGGAGGCAGCUGGCAGUACAUGAUGAGCACCGAGUAUUGUGAAGGUGAACUAGGACUGCAGUGGCAACAGCAGCAGGACAGAAGAUGUGGCCGGCUGAUGUGAUGAAAUCCAGCGCUCCAGAGGAAGUGAGGCACUGUUAUUUGUAAGCUGGCAUGAGACGAGGCAAGCAGACACCUUCUGAAGUUUUAUGCAUGCUGUUUUCUCUCUGUGCUGCAGCAAGAAAAGCCUUUUCUUUUAACCUGGUUGCCUUUGAAGAAGUGACUCCGACAUCUUCAUGGCCUCUAAAGAUACACAGAACCAAAAAGGUAGAGGGCUACCUCAUUUUCUUCCUGGAGUUCCAGACCCAGGCCGAAGUCAUAUUAUCUCUUGUUCCAGUCCAGGAAACCAAACCCGGCAGCCAAGACCCCAUCCACCAAGCAGGUUCCUGUCCACAGUCAGUGUCCCUCCUGGUCUAGAGUAUUUAAGCCAGUUAGACCUGAUAAUUAUACAUCAGCAGGUGGAGCUUCUUGAAAUGAUUCUUGGCACUGAGACCACCAACAAAUAUGAGAUCAAAAACAGCUUGGGACAAAGAAUUUACUUUGCAGUGGAGGAAAGCAUCUGUUUUAAUCGAACAUUCUGUUCCACACUGCGAUCCUGCACCCUGAAGAUCACAGACAACUCAGGUCGAGAGGUGAUUACAGUAAACCGGCCCUUAAAGUGUAACAGCUGCUGGUGCCCUUGUUACCUACAAGAGUUAGAAAUACAAGCCCCUCCUGGUACUAUAGUUGCUUAUGUUGCACAGAAGUGGGACCCCUUUCAGCCUAAAUUCACAAUUCGAAAUGCAAACAAAGAAGAUGUUUUGAAAAUUGUUGGUCCUUGCACAACAUGUGGCUGUUUUGGCGAUGUGGAUUUUGAGGUGAAAACCAUUAAUGAAAAGCUCACAGUUGGGAAGAUUUCAAAGUACUGGUCUGGAUUUGUAAAUAAUGUUUUCACAAAUGCUGACAAUUUUGGAAUCCAUGUUCCAGCAGAUCUCGAUGUAACAGUUAAAGCAGCAAUGAUUGGUACUUGUUUUCUCUUUGACUUUAUGUUCUUUGAACAUUCACUAGCUGGAUUAUAACAAGGAAGAUGCCAGAAAUAAUAA